CUCAUUGGCACCCGUACCUCUAGAAAGGUAGCAAGAUGGCUGCGGAGCCGAACAAUACAGAAAUUUUGACCAUUUUUAAAAGACUACGUUCUAUUCCAACUAACAAGGCAUGCUUUGACUGUGCUGCCAAGAACCCCAGCUGGGCCAGUAUACCGUAUGGAGUGUUUCUGUGCAUCGACUGCUCCGGCAUUCAUCGCUCUCUAGGAGUGCACCUCAGCUUUAUCAGAUCCACUGAGCUCGACUCCAACUGGAACUGGUUUCAGCUGAGAUGUAUGCAGGUCGGAGGCAAUGCCAACGCGACGGCCUUCUUCCGCCAGCACGGCUGCUCCACCAAUGACACCACCGCCAAGUACAACAGCCGCGCGGCACAGAUGUACCGAGAGAAGAUCCGACAGCAAGCCAACACGGCACUGUCUAAAUAUGGGUCCGACCUGUGGAUUGACUCACCCAGUGUGGGCAGCCAGCCUGCAGCCCCAGAGAAGAGACAGACAGACUUCUUUGCCGAGCAUACUCAGCCUUUAAACAGCUGGGACAUGACGGCUCCUUCCAUGACAGAACACAAUGGAGCCCUCACCCCUCAACUAUUGGAGGACACACCCAAAGCCCCCCACACCGCCAGCACUCAGCUGGAGGAAGGCCCAAGCAUUGAGGGACUGAGCACUGAGCCAUCUCCCAAAGUCACUAUAGAGGACUCGAUGCGUUUGUCAUCAGAUCAACCACAGCUACCCAAAGAUGUGAAGCAGUCCAUCAUUGGGAAAAAGAAGCCCACCACUACUAAGAAAGGGCUGGGUGCUAAGAAGGGCCUGGGGGCGCAGAAGGUGAGCAGCAAGAGCUUCUCGGAGGUGGAGAAACAGGCCCAGGUAGCUGAGAAGCUGAGGGAGGAGCAAGCAGCUGAGGCUAACAAACAUGCAGAGGAGUCCAUUGUGGCCUCCAUGCGCCUGGCCUACAAGGAGCUGGAGAUUGACAGGAAGAUGGAAGACAGGAAGAUGCAGAACAUGGAGGGUAAGAAGAGAGAGCAGGCUGAGAGGCUGGGCAUGGGCUUCGGCAACCGCAGCACCAUAUCUCACUCGGUGAUGUCAGAGAUGCAGGUGAUUGAGCAGGAGACGCCCGUGGGGGCCAAGUCCUCGCCUCGCUCCAAACUGGACAUGUUCGAUGAGCCGGGCUUCUCCUCCGGACCCCCUAAGUACAAGGACAACCCGUUCACGGCAGGCGACGGCUUCGGCUCACGGUGGGACUCUGAGGGGGGCGUGGCCUCCUUCACCUCCUCCUGGGCUUUGGAGAAGGAGGAGCCUAAAGAGGAGGUGACCAUCUCCAGCAUUCAGCCUAUCGGAGAACGGCCCAGUCGGCGAAAGGCGGAGGCUGCGGCGCCUGUGGCCGAGACGAGCGAGGCCAGGCAGAAGUUUGCCAACGCAAAGGCCAUCUCUUCCGACAUGUACUUCGGCCGCGAGAGCAACGCCGAGUAUGAGGCCAAGACACGUCUGGAGGGCCUGUCUGGCAACACGUCCAUCAGCUCUGCUGACCUGUUUGGGGACGGGAGUGACCGUGACACAGGGGCGGCAGGUUAUGACAGUGUGCUGCCGACCGGGCCGGACAUUGCUCAGUUCAAACAGGGGGUGAAGACUGUGGCAGGCAAGAUGGCCGUGCUGGCCAACGGAGUCAUGAACACCAUACAGGAUCGCUAUGGUGCCUACUGAAGAGCCCAGGACCACCAACACCCACCUGCAGGGGGUAGAGGGAGCGAUGACGUCAUACUGACAGAGAGCGGAGGGAAGGGGGACGGACAGAGCAAAUCACUACUGACUGAUAUCUGUAGUGAGAUUAGAGAGCAAGGAAGAGUGAUUGCAUGAAUGGAGGUGGACCCCCUCCCCGUUUCUGUCUAUGCUCUUUUGUUAGAGAGUGAGACAGUCAUUUUAUUAGUUUUUAUUUUCAGCGAAGAAAGCACUGGGAGGUGUAGAAAGUAUUUUUUUUCCUGUUCUAACAAGUUGUUUUCUAUAAUGAUUUGGUCUCUGAUUUCAACAAAUAUUAUUGAUUUAAAGUAUUCUCUAAGAAUUAUAUGAUAACCAAACCUAUCUCUUAAGUUUUACUACGCUUAUUGGACAUUGUUUUUACUGUGUGUUUUCAACCGUUUCUCACUAUUUUAACAGAUGCAGCCGUAUUCGUUCAGCCACUCAGCAUUAACAUCAGCAAAGGGAAGCAGUAGUCCAAUAUGGUUGAUUAUCUGUUUUCAUUUUAGUUACCAUGACAAUAGAUUACAUUCUCUGGUCGAUUUGGAGUUGAGUUAAUCACACAAAGUAAAAAUAUCUGUGAGAUUGUAAGAAUGGUUUAACUGAACUCUACACACAUGAAUCAAACACAACACUGCUACUAUCUGACUGAGUGACGCAGUCUACGAAGUUCAGGAGAUGGACGCGGGGUGUAUAUUUUAGAAACGUAAUGACCUAGCCGAUCUUGUGGCGCAAUAUGAGUUCUUCAUCCGGGUCUGAAAGGUUUUCAGUCGGGUCGGAUGAAAGGUUGGUUUUCAGCCUUUUUCAACAGACAGAGUUCAGUGUGUGUGUGUGUGUUUAUAGGAAAGGUCGGGUGCUUUGACUGAAUGGCGAUGCUGUUAAGAAUGUGGAUGGUGGUCUCCUUCAGGCCAUGCAUGUCCAGUCACUGGGAUUACAGAAUCACACCAUUGGAGCAUUGGGAAGCCAUUUUAACCUCUUAAGUAGAGAAAAACACUUGUAUAGAUUCAUAAAGACCUGGAUCUGCAUUCACACUUAGGCUCUUUGUUUCUACCCUAAGAUAAGUUACUUAGACAUGGGGGAGAAAACACAACUCAACUGUGUUUCUGCAUAAUCCUCUAUUCUAUUCUUAAAGUGGGAGUUUUUUGUUGUUGUUGUGUGCCCUCAUUCUGUACCAUCUUGUUGAAUGGCAGAAGCAAUGAUCAAUAAAGUCAUGCGAAGACGCU